CAAAGAAGCAGUAAAUCAGAGCAGGAGGCCAGCCCUGUUACUAAGAUACCGCAGAAGUAAAUACACCAGGUGUAAACAGAUUAUACUCCACUCCGAAACAUUUACUUUUAUAUGUACAUUUUGAUUAAGAAAUGGAGGCUGCGAAAUCCAGGAAUCAGUCAGGGAAGUCUGAACCUACGACAGAGAAAGUAGGAACAAGUUUCUUUCACCAGUUGCUUAACAAGCGGAUGGUGUUAAACUCCAGGGAUGACAUGAAAUCGCUUCUUCAUCGGCUGAUCUUUGUGUCUAAGAUUUCUCCAGAGUUGGCGGAUAAGAGAGACCUUGGAGAAUACUGGGAGCAGCAGUUUCAACGAUAUCACCAGGGAGAAAAUGUUACUGGCCUCCUGCUUCUGUAUCCUGCAUACACCAUCCAUGUUCUUGAGUCUAGUGGAGAUGUCCUGUACUGUGUGCUGAGGGAUCUUAAAAGAAUGAAAAAACAAGGAGACAGGGCUCUGCUUCUGGACCCCAAGAUUGUGGUGAUAUCUCAUAACAUCCCCAACCGACUGUUCAACCAAUGGUGCUACAAAGUCCUGAAUGUUCCUGGACAGCACUUGGGAGAUAAGUACAGCGAGGAGGCCACUGAUGGUAUUAUCAGUGAGUGUCUAACCAAGAUAUUGAAGAUUGGGAAACAUCUCACCAAAUACCCUAAGGGCUCCAAAAACAUCCCUGAUUCUGUGUUUGAGAAGGUGCCGGAGUUAAUUGUACCUCAAUCUUCCAUCCUACACCUUCUGCAAUGCAAAGAUCUCUUCACACCUGAACAGUUCCUGCAGAUUUACGACACCCCUCUACACGUCAUCCUGGACUCUGAUUGUGUAUGGCCCACCCCUGUUCACUUAACACCCCUGAAGACAAGAUCACUUCAGUGAGAGGCACAAGUUUAUGCUCCAAUCUCAGAGGCAGCAGUUCAGCUCAAAGAUUAUGGAUUGUUUAGGCCAAAGUAUUAUAAUACAAUAAUUUUGUCUUGCUGCACCAUUUAGGCCAAACUCAAUGGACUUGCGUAUUGCCAUCAAUUUUGGUUUCACAUUUUACAAUUUACAUUAAAGGACCAAACGAUGUUAUCACUUAACUUUA